AUGGGCGAGGAAAGCUACCGUCAAGUCCUUAAUAGUGAGCGUGGGAAGAUUCUCCCGGACUAUCACCCUGUCGCAAAGACAGUUAAUCGAGUGUUGCAACGACUGGUUCCACAAGCACCCAUAGAGGGCGCCAACUGGAAAGUCCAUGUUAUCAAGGAUGAUAAUAUGGCCAACGCAUUUGUACUUCCUGGAGGCAAGGUUUUUGUUUAUACUGGCAUCUUGCCCAUCUGUGAAGACGAAAAUGGACUAGCUGCUGUCCUAGGACAUGAGAUUGCACAUGUGGUAGCACACCACCCAGCUGAGAGAAUGAGCAACAGUUUCAUUACUAUUGGAGCUGCAUUUGCCGUCUCGCUUUUGUUCGAUGUCUCGGGGCAGCUGUCUUCAUUCUUGCUGAAUCUUAUGUGGAGCAUGCCGAACUCACGGACUCAGGAGGCUAUGAUGAUGUCCAAGGCUUGCUUCAAACCUGAGGCUGCUGUCAAGCUCUGGAGUCGUAUGCAAAAGCAAGAGAAAGGAGCCCCGCCACAAUUUAUGUCCACACAUCCCUCGAGCUAUAAUCGCGAGGAGGCCAUUCGCGGAUGGCUCGAUCAAGCGGAUUCCAUAUAUGAAGACAGUGGAUGCAGUUAUGCUGGAUCUUAUAGCCCUUCCCAGGCGGGUCUCUUCAAGCCUGGGUACCAGAGCCACGACUCUGAAGAUGGAGCUGUCAUUCGUAACAUCGAGGCCUGCCAGGCUAUUUCGCAGACCGUCCAGACCUCCCUGGGCCCCUACGGCCGUAACAAGAUCGUCAUCAAUCACCUACAGAAGAUGAUCUUGACCUCUGACGCUGCUACCAUCCUACGUGAACUCGAUGUUGUCCAUCCUGCUGCUAAACUGCUUGUCAUGGCUAGUCAGCAGCAGGAUGCGGAGAUGGGUGAUGGAACGAACUUGGUUAUUGUCCUUGCUGGCGAGUUGCUCAAGAAGGCCGAGGAGCUCAUUCGGAUGGGAUUGAAGACCAGUGAUAUCGUUUCUGGUUAUGAAAAGGCACAAAACUUUGCCUUGAAGGUUCUAGAGGACCUCGAGGUGGACAGACUGCAUGACAUACGCUCAGCGACAGAGCUCAGCAAGGCCCUUCGAACAGUCGUGGCUAGCAAGCAGUCCGGUACCGAGGAGACCCUGGCUGCUUUGGUUGCUGAGGCUGUCCUAGCCGUGCUGCCCAAGAACCCUGUCAACUUUAACGUGGAUAACGUGCGCGUCGUUAAGAUUAUGGGUGGUAGCUUGGAACAGUCCAAGGUCAUUAGGGGUAUGGUGUUCGGACGCGAGCCGGAUGGAAUCAUCAAGUCGGCACGCAAGGCCAAGGUCGGCGUAUUCAGCUGCCCCAUUGACACCUCACAGACCGAGACCAAGGGUACAGUUCUGCUGCACAAUGCCAAGGAGAUGGUAGACUUCACCAAGGGUGAGGAGGAUCGUCUCGAGACCGCCAUUAAAGAGUUGUACGACUCAGGUCUUCGUGUUGUCGUUGCCGGAUCCACCGUGGGUGACCUGGCACUGCACUACCUUAAUCGCUUCAACAUCCUGGUUGUCAAGAUUCUGUCCAAGUUCGAGCUUCGUCGUCUGUGCCGGGUGGUUGGUGCCACUCCUCUGGCUCGUCUUGGUGCCCCUAUGCCUGAUGAGAUGGGAUCCGUGGACAUUGUUGAAACUACUGAAAUUGGUGGUGACCGAGUUACCGUCUUCCGUCAAGAAGAAGCCAACGCAGUGACUCGCACAGCGACUAUCGUACUGCGCGGUGCUACUCAGAACCACCUGGACGACAUUGAGCGCGCCAUUGACGAUGGCGUGAAUGUCGUAAAGGCCAUCACCAAGGACCCACGUCUCGUUCCCGGUGCCGGUGCCACAGAGAUCCAACUCGUGGAACGAAUCUCCAACUUCGCCGAUCGAACACCGGGUCUGCCUCAGCACGCGAUCCGCAAGUACGCCGAGGCCUUCGAGGUUAUCCCUCGCACCCUUGCUGAUUCCGCCGGUCUCGAUGCCACUGAGGUCUUGUCCCGCCUUUACACUGCACACCACCGCAACAGCAGCGCUGGCAAGUCCGCAGAUGGAGUGGAGGCCAGCUCGUCCGAGGAGGAGGAGCCCUAUUGGACCACUGGUGUGGAUCUGGAGGCAAGUACGCCAUCUGGCACAUUGGAUGCCGUUGAAGAGGGUAUUCUCGACCUUAUGGCCACCAAGAGCUCGGCCAUCCGCCUGGCUAGCGAGUCCGCCCGCACUGUGCUUAGCGUCGAUCAGAUCAUCGUCGCCAGACAAGCUGGUGGGCCCAAGCCGCCGGGACCUAACCCCAACUGGGACGAGGACUAA